AUGAUGCUCAACAGGCUGCGGAAAAACCCGGCACGCCUGACAGCCUUGGGGGAGAAGUUGAAGGACAUGGUGAUGUCCAACGAUCCGACCACCAUGAAGCGCCUGAAGGAGUUGGUGGUCCAGAACCAAGGGGACCUGGCCAAGAUCGAAGUCCAGGUGCAAGACGUUGUCGAAGCCAACGACGGGGAAGCGGCAUUGUCCAGAGUGUCGCCCAUGACAAAGGCGCAGGUGGAACACUUGUAUGGCGCAGAUGCCGAGGCGGUGAUGUCACACAAGCGAUCCUUGGGACAAAUCCAGAAGGACAACAAUGUCCCUGGUGGAGAGCUUUUUCUGGUCGAGCAAACCAGAACCGAUGUGACCAACGAGACCAAGAAACCAUGCUGCAGAACCACCUGCAUUGCCGCCCGUGGCCACACCGAAUGCGGUGCCAGCUUUGCCUUCGUCGGGGGAGUCGACACGGUCCACAAAGUCGGAGGCGAGUGGAUCUGCAUCCGCAGGGUCGCAGGCUACGGGUACGCCGACAACACGCCCAAGCCGCCGAAGCCGAAUCCCAAGAACCCGAAGCGGCAAAAGUUGGAUCCCACGACCCCCUUGGAGAAGGGACGAGAUCUUAAAGACAAGCUUCUGAAGAAGGUCACCCAGACAACGACGCUGGAAACCCAGUUGUUGGGCGUGGAGUUUGCAGAGAAGUUGCUCGAAGAGAUCCAAGCCGACAAGGAGAUUUUUCGGUGUUCUGGCUGCACUUGGUGUAAAGUCUGGUUCGGCUGCUUACAGCGCCACCUGCCAUAA